AUGGCAGCAGCUUCUUCUUUAGCUUCCUCGAUAUCGUUCUUCUUGCUGAUGGUGAUUGGCUCAGCAGCUGGUAACUUCAACCAGGACUUCGACGUCACAUGGGGAGACGGCAGGGGAAAGAUCCUCAACAAUGGCAAUCUCCUCACCCUUUCCCUCGACAGGGCUUCCGGUUCGGGGUUCCAGUCGAAGCGCGAGUACCUGUUCGGCAAGAUCGACAUGCAGCUCAAGCUGGUCGCUGGCAACUCCGCUGGCACCGUUACUGCUUAUUACUUGUCGUCGAAAGGAUCGACCUGGGACGAAAUCGACUUCGAGUUCCUGGGAAAUCUGAGCGGGGACCCUUACAUCCUCCACACCAACGUGUUCUCGCAGGGGAAAGGAAACAGAGAGCAACAGUUCUACCUGUGGUUCGACCCGACGGCGGAUUUCCACACUUACUCCAUCCUCUGGAACCCUCAGCGCAUCAUAUUCUCGGUGGAUGGAACCCCGAUCAGGGAGUUCAAGAACAUGGAGAACAGAGGAGUUCCGUUCCCGACAAGGCAGCCGAUGAGGAUCUACUCGAGCCUGUGGAACGCCGACGACUGGGCGACGCGCGGAGGGCUGGUGAAGACGGAUUGGUCGAAAGCUCCGUUCAUGGCUUCCUACAGGAACUUCAGAUCGGAAGCUUCCUCUGCCACGGCUCCAUGGAUGUCGCAGCAGCUGGACUUUGCGAAUCAGCAGAGGCUGGCGUGGGUGAGGAAGAACUACAUGAUUUACGACUACUGCAGGGACUCCAGGAGGUUCCCUCAGGGUUUUCCUCCGGAGUGUAAUGUCGCCUAAUCGAUUAAGAGACCAAUCGGGUUGUUUACUCUGUUGUGAUAUUACUGUUUCUGUUUUUUCUUUUCUUCUCUAUUUGUUUCUGUAAAAUAUGUCGGUAAAAUAUGGAACUGUAUAGUGAUAAUGUCUCAAUUGUUAAAACAAGUAUGCAGUGUGGAAUACAGCGAAUAAAAUUGUAUUAUUUUA